AUGGGGCCCGCGGACCUGAAGCGCCGGGCAGCGGCAUCCAGGUCCUGCUUCCUGGCUCUGCCUUUGCCAAGGAGUCACCUGGUAUCUGGCACCAAGCUGGGUCCUGCUGAUACCCCCGACCCCACCCAAGAGAACCACUUACCUAUUCAUUCAGUCAUCGAUCCCCAACACAGUGAAUCAGCUGCUGACAGGAAAACCACAGUGGAGGGGAAGCCCGGGGGGCAGCGUCAGGGGCGAGGGGAGCAACACGUCCCACACCACUCGCUCCAUGUUUACCUCUGGGCUUCCCCUCCCAGCUCCUCAGACCCCGGCUUAGUGGAGGGGAAGCGGGUGGGUAGGGCAGUUCCUGCUAAGAUUAAACGGGUCCUGUCCCACGGAGAGGCCCAGGCCAAACAUCACCAGUGUAAGAACUGUUCCCGUUUCCAACCCCCUGCUCAGGCCAGCUCACCUGGAAAAGCCCCACUGCGUUUCCAACUUGAAGUCUUAGGGGGUCCGACUCAGCUGAACUGUCAGAAAUUGUGGGAAGCAGUCCCACUUUGCAGGGAGAGAAACUGCAGAGGGCAAUGCGAUGGGAACACCUGUGGCGACCUGCAGCCUGCGCUCACCUGCCAGCUCUCACCUUCCGGCGUUUUAAGUGAGAAAGAGCAACGGCAGCGUAGAAUUAAUCUGGUUCACUUCCUCCUGCUGGAACCUGGGAGGUCCAGAGCCGGGUGGAGGGACGGACCCAGGAUCACGCAGCUGGUGCAAGCCCGAGUGCUCCCCCGGCCUGCUGCCCCCUUGCUCACCUGCUGGUUCUGCUUUCUGCUCCGCGCUGCAGGCCCAGCGUCGCCCGCUUGUGCCCCAGUCAGUGUCGGACUGCGCAGCCCUGGGCUCAGUCACUCCUCGGCCCCCUCCCGGCUGCAGCCGGGGAACGCCGCGGACUCGGCCCCGCCCACUAUGGCCCUACCCCGACCAGCCCCGCCGCCGGGCCCUGCUGGAGUUGAGUCCCCGCCCCUCUCCCCGCCCCGCUACGGCUUCUCUCUUCUAUCCCGGCAGCCCUGCCCCCAGCUCCAGGCGGGUAGCCCUGGGGCCCCCACGCUGGCAUUCCAGGGCGGGUGUAUCCGGGUGCAGCCGGGGAACGGCGUGGGAGCGCUGACUCAGGCCCUCCACCACCAAACAGCUACUCAGCUCCUUAAGCUGACCCACAAAUACAGACCACAGACAAAGCAAGAGAAGAAGCAGAGGCUGUUGGCCCAGGCUGAGAAGAAAGCUGACAGCAAAGGGGACAUCCUUACUAAGAGACCACCUGUCCUUCAAGCAGGAGUCAACACCGUCACCACCUUGGUGGAGAACAAGAAGGCUCAGCCGGUGAUGACUUCUUGUGAGCAGACCACUUGACUACUCAUUGAGCUUGUUGUCUUCCUGCCUGCCCUGCAUUGUAAAAUGGGGGUCUCUGAUUGCAUUAUCAAGGGGAAGGCACAACUGGGACGUCCAGUCCACAGGAAGACCUGCACCACUGUUGUCUUCACACAAGUUAACUCAAAAGACAAAGGAGCUUUGACUAAGCUGGUGGAAGCUAUCAGGACUAAUUACAAUGACAGAAAUGAUGAGAUCCGUCAUCACCGGGGAAGAAACGUACUGGUUCCCAAAUCUGCGGCUUGCAUUACCGAGUUGGAAAAGGCAAAGGUUAAAGAACUUGCCACUUAACUGGGUUAA